AUGUUCGAAGCAUUACUCGGCAAUGGUCUGAUCCUCAAAAAAAUUAUCGAAGCCAUUAAAGAGCUCGUAUCUGAAGUUAACCUCGAAGUCACAAGUGAAGGUCUCAGCAUUCAAGCAAUGGAUGCCUCCCAUGUAGCAUUAGUAGUCCUUAGUCUCCGAGCUGAACAAUUCGAAGAAUACCGCUGUGACCGCCCUCAGACUCUCGGCGUCUCCAUCGGAAACCUCGCAAAAUUAAUGAAAAUUGCUGGCAACGACGACUCCAUCACUCUCAGAGCUGAAGACGACGCCAAUAUUCUAACCUUAACUUUCACAGGCAAAAACAACGAAAGAGUCAGCGAAUUUAACCUCAAUCUAUUGACCUUAGACUCAGAACACCUCGGAAUCCCUGAACAAGACUACUCUGCAGUCAUGAAAAUGUCCAGUGCUGAAUUUUCCAGAAUUUGCAGAGAACUGACCCAAAUUACAGACACUUUAAACCUAGCAGUUGAUAAAGAAGCUGCUAAGUUCGCCGUUUCUGGAGACAUUGGAGCUGGCUCUAUCACAAUGAGGCCUAACGACUCUGACAAAGCUGAAGAAAAAAUGUUUUUAAGGGCAACUGAGCCAGUUUCUAUGGCCUUUGCAUUGAGAUACCUCAAUUUAUUCAACAAAGCGGCCAGUCUUUCAGACGAAGUCACACUUAGCAUGUCCCCAGAAGUCCCAAUUGUGCUGCAGUUUGGAUUUGACUUAGGAGAGCUUAAAUACUUCUUAGCCCCAAAGAUCGCUGAAGAAGCUUAA